AUGGAGUUCCUCGCUGAGGAGAAUGACUGCGGCCAAACACUGCUGCGUCUUGUAAGUCGUGGCAGUGCCAUCAUCGCUGAGCUGCUGCGUCUAUCGAACAAUAUACCGGGCGUCUUCAUGGGGCCUACGCACGUGGAAGAUCCGGAGCAACUCAAGUACCUAAAUAUUCUAUUUGAUUUUGCAUACUUGAAAAAUCCAGAAGAGUUUGAGAAUAUGGUUAACAGCAACACGGAGCUUUUGGAUGUGGACGAUGAAUUUAUGGACAACCACGAAGAUAUUUUGGACCGAUUUUACCAGCUAUUUGAUGGUAUUUAUAAGUAUGUCAGUGACUACUUGGAGUUUUUGGACAAUUUAGAGAAAGGGUUCUUUAUUCAGCACACGCUGGCGAACAUCCUGCUGGACACGGAUGGUGCUCAGCUCAUGUGCGAGGCGUUAUAUCUUUACGGAGUGAUCUUGCUUCUGCUAGACCGCAAGAUCCCGGGUCCGACGCGUGAGAAGAUGGUCAUUGCCUUUUAUCGAAGCAAGGGCGAGUCUGCGCUAGAAAACAUUGAUGAAGUUUGCAAAUUGUGUCGCGUAACAGGAUAUUUGCCUGGUCAGCCGAAACCGGCGCAAUAUCCCGAGCGAUACUUCAAGCGUUUUCAACCUCCUGAGGAAGUUGUCAGCAUGGUGAUUGGCAAACUGCAGUCUGACGAUGUAUACUUGCAAGAGCCCUGCUUUCCGCACCGCACUCAUCGCUCUACCCGACUCGCAUCACAAGCUUCGAUGCUUUUUGUGAUCCUGUUCUUUGCUCCGGAUAUCCUGAUUCACGAGAAGGCGAGUAUGCGUGAAAUCGUGGAUCGGCAUUUUAACGACAACUUCAUCUUAACGACGUACAUGGGAGCAGUAGCUGAUCUGUCGCUAGAGUGGGCAGCUUAUCCAGCGGCACGCUUGGCACUUGCAAACACACUGGAAACGUCGAACGUUGCUCAAAUUACGAAGACAAAAGCACAGCAGAUGCAGUGGUCCAUUAAUGAACUAAACUAUUUCCUGACCGAAGGUGUGCUUACGGAAAUGCAUGUGCUAGAAAACCUUGAUCCGUUGUUGAAUUGCAUUCGUAAUGCGAAUGUGACGAUUCGGUGGACUAUGAUGCACUCUCGCAUUCAACCAGUGAUUCCCAUGAUGGAAAACUCCACGGCGCAGCGCGAUAUCUUUGAUAAAGGCACAGACCCGGACAAGCUAAUCACUCUACUGCUUAAAGUGUCGCAGUUGGAGUGGAAGCUCAAGCAAAUGUUUGAGACUCUGCUAGCCAGUAAAGAAGAUCGGUGGCAGCGUUGCAUGAAGGAAACAUCGGAACGAAUGGAGGAGCUCAGUGAAUACUUUUCCGGCGAGAAACCGCUCACUCGGGUGGAGCGCAACGAGGAUCUGAUGAAGUGGUUCAAGGAUUUGGCUGAGAAGGUCAACAGCUUAGACUACAUAGAUCACAUCAAAGCUGGGCGACGAAUUAAACGGCUGAUUGAGGCGUUGGGCCACGUUGAGCAGUUUGACCAAAUUGACACGAACUUGCAAGUAAAGGCGUACCUCGAGGAAUCUCGCGAGUAUCUUACUGAGAUGGUACGAACCGUGCGCAUUCGAGAUGAGGUCAUGGGUAUUAUCGAAAACGUGUCAGAUCUGUCGUAUGCCUGGGAGAUCAUUAACGAUUUCAUGAAGAUAUUACAUCAGCGUGUAAAAAACGACCCGUCGUCUGUCAUUCUGCUGCGUGCAAUGUUCCUAAAGUUUGCGUCAAUAUUGGAUGUACCCCUUACGCGCAUCCACCAGUGUGGGUCUGAGGAUGUAAUCUCGGUGGCUGAAUAUUAUUCAGCUGAGCUUGUGGAUUACGUGCGGCGCGUCAUGGAAGUCAUUCCACAGAGUGUUUUUCGUAUCUUGGCGGGUAUAAUCAAGUUGCAAACCGACCAUAUGAAGCCAAUUCCCGUGAAGUUCGAAAACACAUUGCUCAAGGAUCAUGCCCAGUUGAACGAGCGUUACCGCCUUGCUCGCGCAACGAAUGAGGUUUCCAAGUACACCGAGGGUAUAUUGGCCAUGAAGCGUACCUUGCUUGGUAUUAUCGAGGUCGACCCUCGACAAGUGCUGGAAGAUGGUUUGCGCAAAGAGCUUGUCUAUCGUGUGUCGCUUGCUUUUCAUGAGGUGCUCAACUUUGAGAAGAAUACAUCUGAAGAAUGUAACGAAGUCUUUGUCAAGCUGGCCUCUAACUUGGAUGCCUAUCGGCUUUCGUUCGAGUACAUUCAAGACUACAUUGGUAUUUACGGACUGCGCAUGUGGCACGAGGAGCUAUCUCGUAUUAUCAACUACAAUGUCGAGCAGGAGUGCAACCGCUACUUGAAGAAAAAGGUAUACGAUCGCGCAUCUCAGUACCAGAGCCGUGCUAUCCCGAUUCCACGCUUUCAACCACCAUCAGGUGACAUGAGUGUAAACUUCAUGGGGCGUCUGAUGCAUGCACUCUUUAUCAUGACGGACCCCCAUACGACAAUCUACUCACCGCAAUCUAUCGGUUGGUUUUCCGAAGAUGGAAAUGAAGUUUGUGGAAUUGGUGCUUUCUCUGUUCUUCACAAGAGCGUAGGUCUGUUGGGCCUAGCAGGUCUGGACCGUAUGCUCUCGUUUCGUAUUGUGCAUACACUCAACAACUUGGUCAAGUUCUGGGGGUCAGCUGUAACGCCUUACCUACCGCUCCUAGACCAGCUCUCCGCAGCACUUGUACCAGAGUGGAAGCUUCCUGAGCAUUCGACAAAGCUUUACGAAGCUGCACUGAAAAAGGUAGAGAAGAUUAUGAGUAAGCUGCUCAAGGCUGUGCUGAUUAUUGGCCAGGCAGCACUCAUCCGGCGACAGAUUUCAAGCGAACUAUCGUUCUCAAGCCGCCUGGACGCUAAUUUGCUAGCUACGACACUGGACACGUUGAACAUUUCGCUUUUGAAUGAUAUUCGCGCACAUUACCGUGACCCGAAGACCAAGCCAUACCCUGGCAAUGAUGGCAACCCCGUGCUUGUAGAACUGAACAAAUAUUUAGAGAACACUGGUGCCAACGAUCCAUUCCAGAAGAUUUACGUGACCGUCUCAGAGCCUAUGGAGGGACUUGCGGCUAUGUUCAUGCUCUUUGUAGUGGCCUAUAUGCCAAAACUGCAGUACGACCGCAACUUUGGCGCGCUCAGUCGAGUUGGCAAGAACCCCAUUGAUGGCGAACCUUUGCUCGUAGGCAUUCUCACCAUCUUCAAGCAGUUCCAUCCUUCCUAUACGGAGAAAUUUUUGGCCUAUUUGGGCCAGUUUGUGCGUACCAAGGUUAACGAUAUUUUUGCCGAGAAAGGAGAUAAGAAGAGCAAAUCAUCUUCUUUGCCAAUGGAACUUCCUGUGGACGUGGUGAACGCGCUCAUUUUCAUGCUCGAGUUCGCGCGCUGUGCUAAGAUCAAGCGCAGCAUUCUGGAUGGUCACGUUCCUGCAUAUGUUUUUGAUGCUAUUCAGCUCUAA